CCGUCUUUAAAAAAGUCUUGUAUAACGAUAAGUAUUUUUUUUAGGUUAAGUAUAAAUUAAAACAUAAAUAAUAGUAAAAUGUUUAAAAAAUUUGAUGAAAAAGAAAGUGUAUCAGGCGUACAACAAUUAAAAUCAUCUGUUCAAAAAGGUAUCCGGGCUCGGCUUUUAGAAUUGUAUCCGUAUCUUGAAGGAUAUAUAGAUGGGAUUUUACCAAAAAAGGAUACAUUUAGAAUUGUUAAAUGCCAUGAUCAUAUUGAAAUAAUGGUAAAUAGUUCCGGCGAAUUAUUAUUUUUUAGGCAACGGGAAGGUCCAUGGAUGCCUACUUUAAAACUUUUACAUAAAUAUCCAUUUUUCUUACCUUUACAGCAAGUAGAUAAAGGUGCUAUUAGAUUUGUAUUGAGUGGAGCUAAUAUAAUGUGCCCUGGAUUGACUUCACCUGGUGCAAAAAUGACGCCUGUGCCUAAAGGCACCGUUGUGGCGAUUAUGGCAGAAGGUAAACAACAUGCUUUAGCAGUUGGUAUUACUUCACUUUCUACGGAGGAUAUAGCAAAAGUAAAUAAGGGUGUUGGAGUAGAAAAUUGUCACUAUUUAAAUGAUGGUCUAUGGCAAAUGAAACCUGUUAAAUAAGUUUUUAUUUUUUAUUAUAUACAUUUUUUUUUA